AUGGGGGAAUGGGUUAUUGGAGCUUUCAUCAACCUCUUUGGCAGCAUUGCCAUCAACUUUGGUACCAACCUUCUCAAAUUGGGUCAUGAUGAGAGAGAACGACAUUCUUCACUAGGUGGUGAUGGAACAAAUGUAAAAACUAUAAUGAAGCCCAUAAUAUACUUCCAGAGUUGGAGAGUUGGUAUUCUAUUUUUUGCUGUUGGAAAUUGUCUUAAUUUCAUAUCCUUUGGAUAUGCUGCUCAGUCACUUCUUGCAGCCUUGGGAUCUAUUCAGUUUGUUUCCAACAUCGCAUUUGCCUAUUUCGUAUUGAACAAAACGGUAUCUAUCAAGUAG